UGCUGCGAACAAAUGCUCUUUUGUCGCGGUGAAAAACGGAUCGAACUUUUGGUAGGAUGUGUCUGCGCAAAAAGUUUGUCCGCGAAUAAAUUACCAUUUUUGAAUAGCAGCCAGGAAGCUGUAAGAACGCGCUAAAAAAUCAAUAAAAAAAUAAGAAACCCAACCAACCAGCGAAUGAAUUUAAAUAUACACCAAAUGUUCAUGAAACAAACACCGUAAUUUUAAGUCAAGUUUGUGUGCGUGUGUGCGUCUUCGUUUUACCGUUACAAUUUACGAAAACCGAAAUAAAGUGUAAUCAGUGAAAAAUAAAUGUUAAUACUAAUAGUCAAACAUAGCGAAACGAAUUAUUGUUAAUUAAUUGGCAUUAUACGAUUAUUUUUUGUGACCCAGAGAAAGGUUAAGCAACUAAUAGCUUCACGAAAGCCGUCGGCUCAUUUCACCAGCAAAUUUUCUUAUCAGCAUACAACGAUUAUGGCAAAGGAUCCGGCCACAACGCGCAUUCCCCGCCUGGAUGGCGUCUCCCGCCUUCCGAAACCGAGUACAUUUGGCCUGGCCAGCAGCAGUGGCAGCACCACAACCACCAAUAGAACGACCACCAACGGCACCACCAUCAGCACCACCCAGCACAUACGACCACCGACGAGCGCACCCAAGGCCACGCAAAUAUUCCGAGCACCCGGCGAUCCUGCGAAACCGCGUCCCGCCAGCUCGUAUGCUCCAUCUUCAGCGGCUCUGCGGGAUUUGGGCAGCAGUCUGAAGAAGAGCGCCAGUGGGGAGCGGAUAAACAAUGCGGUGAGCCUGCUCAGCAAGAGGACCACCACCGUCCUGAAGAAGUACUUCAGUCCCAAGUCGAGCGCAAGUGCAAACGCAGUGAUGUCCAGUCCAUGCGACAUGACGAGCUCUCUGCCAGUUACUCCAUUUCCGGUGGGGAAGCGAGGAAUGGUGGCUAACGAUCAGUUGACCAGCAGUACGCCGAUGCCCCUUCUGAGAUCCGAGACGUUUGUCUGCGAGGAGGAGGAGCAAUCGAACCGAAUGAAACUGGAGAGCACUCGAUUGUCCACCUUUGGACGAACCAUGGACAUCGAUUCACCAAUGCCAAAUGAAACUAAAGUUCUGAUCAGAGACGGCACGAGAAUUAUGAAGGGUUCACCCUCGGCGGAUAUCACUCAGGUAGUGAGACCUCCACAGAAAACACCAUUGAUGACAUUUUGCUCAUUGGAUACCACUCAUGAAAUGACCGUGUGUUCGAGAAACAACGCAACGCACUCUGUUAACUCGUCGGGAAUAAUGGGUAGAACCAUGCCAGUUAUUCCGGCCAAGGAUGCCACUAGAACUAUUGCCGCCAAUUCUACGGGACUCGGAAAUCUUACGAAAGUUGUGGAGGGAGUUGGAAAUAUCACCAAAACUUUGGAGGCAGUUGGAAAUAUCACUAAAACGUUUAAGGGAGCUGGAGAUCUCACCAGAACGGUUGAAAACGAAGCUAGUAUAAGUAAGACUUUUGAGGUGGCACCAAAUUGCACUCAAACAUACACAAGAGGAGUAAAUCUUACCAGGACACUGAAUGACAAGAAAGAAGAAGUCUCUAGGACAAUAGACAAAGGACGAAGUACUACAAAAACCAUAGAAGCUGGACAAAAUUUAACCACAACAAUAGAUAUAGGAGCGACUUUAAAUAGUCGAGGGGCGAAUCUAACAAAAUCCGUCAUUGAACCAGGAGACUUCACGAAGGUAAUCCACCAAGGAGCCAACUUAACCCUGAGCAUGGAUCAGUUACCCCUGCUCGAACACAUAUCCAUGCCAUCUGGCUUGGACAUUCUGAGUUCCAAGUGUUCCGGCAACAUUGAGAAAUUAGACCAGGAAACUGACGACACGCUGGACGUGACGUUGACCAGUUUGGCGCCGGACAAGACCAACAUGAAGUUGCCAUUGAACUCCACGCUCAACACCGAAAGAUUGCUGGACAUCAGUGCGCUGCAGUCGCCAAGGCACAUCCAGUUGUUGAACCUAACCCAGGAACUGGAGAGAGGAACUCCCAGCAGGCUCCACCUUCAGUCGGGGAGAAGAUCCAUUCCCCAGCACUCGCUACUGUGCCUAUCCCCUCAGUCGGCUACCACAACGCCCCAUGGAAUGAGGAUAAUCGGACAGGCCACUCCUCAGCCAGUUCAUCUACUAUCACCUCUGUUGAAGCAGGCCCAAAGUGCCCUGGUUUUGCCCACUCGAACGCCGGAUGGUGACAUCACCAUGGAUGGCAAUGGAGCUCUGGACAGUACCCUGACCUCCACAUCGGGUAGAGGACGAACACGCUACAGUUUCGGCCUGGAUUUGCCAGACACCACGCUGGACUGCUCCAUCGAACUGGUGGACAACUCGUUUUCCUCCUCUACGCAACUGCAGCAAUUGCAACAGCAGCUCUUGAAGAAGCAGAGCUCCUUCGAUCUGGACGAGAGCUUGGGCAUUCUUACGCCCGAUCAGAUGAAGGAUUUCCUGGACUCUCCACACAACAAUCUGAUGCACAAUAUGGAAAUGAUCAGGAUGCAUCAUCCGAAUCUCUUGCAGUUGAGAAUGGAGCAGACCCCAUCGCCAGAGGAACUGCCUCUGGAUCCCAUUGAGAUUAAGUCCGAGAUUGUCAAGCAGGUGGAGGCGUCCCAGAACCAGGUGAACACCUCCCAGCACUCGAAGCUGAGCAACAGCUUCAUAACGAGCGUGACCAGUGUAACCAGUUUGGAUACGGGCUACCAGGGCGACGGCGAGAUGUCGCGACCCGCUUCCCGCGGAGCCUGCGAUCACUCACCGAGCAAUGGACCCCAUUUGGGUCGAGUGAGUCGCCAGCCCAGCUUCCCGCCCCCAAAUCCGGCUCCUUUGAGGCGCCAGGAUCCCAUGACAGACUCGGAUUUCUUCACCGAAUCCGACGCGGAUGAUGUCCUGCAUCGCGGCGAUCGCCGUGCCCAGGUGAUUGAUGGCCAGUUGUAUGGCCCGGACAUGAUGCAACCGAGUGCCUCGGUGCCCCAGAUGGAGGACUCUUGCAUGGAGUCAUCGGGUAUUUUCACGGACGUCGAGAACCGCUGCGACGAGGAGAUGCGGCAGCCGGAACUGGAGUUGGAUGUCGAUAUGGACAUGUCGCCAGAUGACUCCUCGCAGACGAUGCGUAAGGGUCAAGGUCAGCCCACUCCCACCCAACUGCAGCAGCAGCAGAAUCAGCUGGCCCCCCAGCAGCGCCCGCCCAGCAGCUGUCUCUCCUCCUCCUCGGCGGCCACCACGCUCUCUCAGUCGCUCUCCAACCGCACCUCGUACUGCAGCGUCGACGGCGGCAGCGCCCGAAGUUUUUGCGGCGACGAAGCUUUCGCAGCGGUACGAUCGACGACGACGACGACGGCGGCAGCAGCAGCGGCGGCGCUCUCAGUUCAGAAAACCACCUCGCCGCGUCCACACGCAUCGCUAUCGUCGCUCUGCACGGUGGAGAAUUAUCGCGGCUCCGUUUCCUCGAACUCAUCGAUCGCCUCCCCCAAGUCGUGCAAGUCAUCGGGUACCAAAACCUCGGCUGGCAAAUCGCGCGUUUUAAAAUCGCCAAAAACCCCAAAAUCACCAAAAUCGCCGCUAAAUCGCAAGGCGCACACCCCAAACAAAUGGGAUGCCGUGAUGAAUAAGAUCGCUAGCAACAAGUCUCUGAUCAAGACAAACUACAACGAUGUAAAGUCAAAAGUGUCCACCACACGGAUCAUGACCCCGGCUUCCGGUUCGAGUCCGGUUUCCGGUUCCGGUUCGGGCUCUGGUUCCGUUUCGCGUACCGUUUCGAGUCCGCGCGCCAGUCCCAGUGUGAGUGCCAGUGCCCGGCGUUCGCCCUCGGCCACGCCCAAAGUGCCGCCCAAGAUGCUGCUGGCCAAGCGAUCGAGCAGCAGCAGUAACAGCAGCAGCAAGGUCAAUGCCACGCCUUCGCCGCCCCCACACGCGACCCCGCCAACACGGCAGCCACUGGAUAAAGGCUCAGUUGGCGCCGGGUCGGUGGGUGGUGGUUGUGGCGCCCGUGCCGGGAAGACACCCAAGUCGCCCACCUCCCCCACCACACCCACCACGCCCACAUCGCCGCCCGCCAAGAGAAUCCAGUCGAGCCUCGUCAGUCGUGGGCGCUCGUACAGCAAGGACAGCCACAAGAGUUCGCACAGCGACUUGAGCUUGAUAUGCAAUGCCUCAUCAUCCCGGCCAUCGAACUCUGCAUCUGGAAGCGGAUCGCCAAAGCUAUUGGCAAACACUCAAUUGCGAGCUGCCAAAAAGCGCGAUGUGCGCAAUCUGAGCAUAUCGCCAACCGAUCUGGGUCCGCCACCAAAAACCCAGCAGACGACCAAGGGACAAUCGACGCGCAGCAAAUCAUCGGCCACGCCCACGCCCACAUCCAUAAAUAAACGUCUAAAUGGCACUUUGGCCAGCCCGGCAGCAAUUGCAACACCCAUCAAAGGAGUGGCAGCCACCAAAUCGGGAACCACAAACAAGCUGCAACAAUCGGCAAAACCUAAAUCAUCCACCACGAUUAUCAAAAGCGCGUCAAUUGUCGGCGUUUCCGAGGAAUCGCUGCGCUCUGGCGUGGAUCAAACCGAACUCCAGGAGCUGAACAAUGGACAAUCCGCCAGCGGAUGUCCCACUCCGCCGAUGGCGAGGGACUCGAAACGUUCGUCCAUUGGAAAUGAGUUGCCAUGUGAGACGGAGGCCAAGUUGAAGAGAUGCGAGGAGCAGCAGGAUCCGCUGGUCAAUCCACAGGACCCAGAGGCCAGUGUCGCGGUCCAGGAAGCUACUUUCACCACUGCAAAUGAGCCAAACGCCUUGUCCUUGCCCGACGAACUCAGAAAUUCGCUCAGCACGACGACGAUGCUGGCCACGCCCCGCGUAGACAUAGCAGCCCAGUAUCCCGCCCUAAAACCGUUCGCGGAGAACGGAGUGCUGGACUGUGCCCGUCUGGCCAAGUUCUUCCAGGACAGCCAGCUCGAGCGGAAGGAGGAGCACCGCCAGAUUCUGGGCCUCGCCGUAAUGGUGCAGUUCAUGUCCCAAGAGCUGGAUGCGUUUGCCUGCAAGGAGACCAAAGAGCAAUGCGCCCGGACCAAGGGAACGCUGGAGGAGACCAUUUCGCUGCUACAGCAGACGCAAAGGGAUUGCGAUCGGCUACGCGAGGAUCUGCACGCCAAGGACGUUGAGUGGGUGCAGCGGCAGCAGGAGAGGGAUCAUCUGCAUCGCACUGAACUGAAGCAAGCUGAAGAGAAAGUAUUGGAGGUGCAAAUGCUUGCGAAGCAAAGGUUCUGCGAACUGGAGUCCCAACUGCGUGCCAAGGAGGAGGAGAGCAAACAGGCGCAGGAGGCCUACAGCAUGGAGGUCUCCCACAAACUCGCACUGAAGCAGGACUAUCUGCGCACGGCCGAGCAGAAGAUCCAGGAGCUGCAGACACGUCUACAGCAGGUGGAGGCCGAGGAGCAGGGGCACCGCGAGAAGCUAAUUCGCAAGGAGAACGUUCACGCCGCCCGGCUGUCCGAGGCCAAUCAGCGGGAGCAGGAUCUGAUCGAUCGGGUCAAGAGCCUCACCAAGGAGCUGAACACCCUGAAGGCCAACAAGGAGCACAACGAACGCGACUUGAGGGAUCGGCUGGCGUUGUCCCAGGACGAAAUCUCUGUGCUGCGCACAUCCUCACAGCGCCGCAGUCCCUGCAUCAGUUUGCCGGACAACGCGUCCGCCGAACUCAACCGCCUGACCAGCGAGGCCGACAGCCUGCGCUGCGUGCUUGAGCUCAAGCAGGCGGAGAUCUCUGCCCUCAGCAAGGCCAAGGCGGAUCUGAUUCAUGAGAGCGAGGAGCGGCUGAAACUGAGUAACCGCGUGGCUCUUCUGGAGGCCCAAAACGAGAUGCUGCGCACCGAACUGGAGGCCAAGACCGAAAAGGAGAAGGAAAUACAGCAAAAGAUGGAGGAACUUCAGAAGGCCUACAAAUAUGAGAGCAUCAAGCGCACGCGGCUGACCUAUGACAAAGAGGAGCUACAGUACCACCUUAAGCAGAAAUCCAUGCAGCUACAGUCGGCUGAGUCUAAAUUGCUAGAUCUUUCCACUGGUUCCCACGACAUCAGCCUAUCUAACCACAGCCGAUGCAGCCUUGGCCGCAGUGGUCUGGAGAUCGCUGUGACCACCUCCUCGCCCACUUCCCCAGUGAUGAAGGGAAUGAUUGAACGAAAUGAUUCCGUCAGCUGGACGCUAGAGAUCGACGAUGAGUCGUUCAAGGGCACAUCAAAGAUUGUGCGCAGGGCGGGCUCAUUGCGAAGCAACAACGAGCGGUGCCCCAUCCAGCGAAGGCAAACAUCGGUGAGCAAUGGCCACUCCAAUGGGUCGGCCACAAAUGGCGGUUCUUCCCCUGCUCAUCCCAAUCCCCUGAGUCAGAGCAUGUCGGCCACGGCACUUCUGCGAAGCAGCUGUAAUUCCGCGGAGUCUGAGGGUCGUCCUCUGUCCAGGGCUCGCUCCCAAUCGAUGUGCAUCAAAGCCUCCGCCUCUAGCUCGGCUGUGUGCGAAUCGUCUGGCCAAAGGAAGAAGCAACAAGACGAGUUGAACCUGGCCGACUGGCCCGAGGAUAUUCCACUGUGCUCCAGUUCACCACAAGCCCCGGGAAUAGAGAUGCGUCCGCGCAGCUCCACCAUGAAGCUAAUGUCCAGCGAGGCAAAGAAGUUCCAAGAAAUUCAGGAGUCCGCCGGCGAGGCUAUGGUCUCCGGUGCUAACUCGGAGGACGAGAGCUGUUCGGCCUCAUCCGAGGACAUAAUGCGCAGCUCAUCCGCCUCCAGCACAGCAUCGGGCGGAUCCCUAUCCAAGAGGCCAAAGCAACCACCAUCCCGCAUGUCCAUCGAGGAAGCUCUGCCCUGCACCCCCAUGGAGGUAAGCUGGUCAGAGGACGCCGCCGAUGUCAACGGACUGGCAUGACAUGCUGCCUACGAGGAGCACGUCGACCAGAUCGCCGAGGCGGCUGAAGAGGCUUAUGAAAGUGAGGACAUUGAGGAGGAUCAGGAUGAGCUGAUCGUGGGAGAGGAGCAGCCGGAGCACAGCGACAGCGAUGAUAGCUUCUAAAGCGCUAAAACCAAUUUGUAAAACAAAAUAAUAAGGGAGUAGGUGUCGGGCCCUUGCGGCGAAGGUGCAAGUCAUAGUCGGAAGCAUAGCUUAGCGUUUUCACUUCUAUAGACCCGUGCAGAAAUUAUGAAGAUACACAAAAAUAUAUAAUGCUAAUUCGUACGUUCUUAACUGAAAUGAUUGUGUAAAUAAUUGCAUUUAGCAGUAUGGUAGCUCAUAGAAGGCGCUCAUAAAAUAUAUUAAUAAUCUAACAA